AUGGCGGACGUUUUAAGCAACCGUAGUGUACUUUUAACCACCGUAGAGGUCUUCUUCAUGAUAAUUUUCAACGUUCUGACGUUAACGGGGAACAUAAUGGUGUGCAUUGCAGUUUACAAGAACACACGACUACGCACAACCACCAACCUGUAUAUCAUCGCACUUGCUGUAAGUGAUUUAAUGUCCGGUGUAUUUCUCAUGCCUUUAACACUGGGUGUACUUAUAAAAGGCGAAUGGGUUUAUGGCCCAGUGAUCUGCAGCUUUCAAGCGUCCAUGGCAAUGUUUGUGGUGUACGUUUCACCCGUCACUAUGGGUUUAACAGCAUUUAACAGGUACAUGAGGAUUUGUAAGUCGGAGCAGCAAUACAAGAGAAUCUUUUCACCGUGGAAGUCACGAGCAUUAUUGGCCUGUGCAUGGAUCCUUGUUGCAUGCUACAUCCUUGUUCCAAGGUUAACAGGUCUUCAAGACUAUGUGUUUGUCCCAGGAUAUGCCCUGUGCCUUCCGGUUCAUCUCAAUCAAACUGGAAAAGUUGUCCACUACGCCAUUGUCCUCUGUUUUUUCCUUUUAACUCCUUUAUUGACUACAAUAUUCAGCUACAUAAGGGUUGCAAAGAUGAUCCGACAGCACAAUGCCGCUAUGUCAUCUACAAUUCACAGGGGCGCAACAGGUUCAAGCAUCAACGUGCAAGAGCUCAGGCUGAGUAAGUCACUCUUCGUGGUUGUGUUCGCGUUCAUGAUAUGCUGGAUCCCACUUUGGGUUGUUGCUGUUUUAAGGCACUUCACGUCGAUGCCACGGAACAUAAACGUUUUCUCCAGUUUCUGUAUAUGUUUUUCCCAUAUAAUAAAUCCUUUUAUAUACGCUGGGAUGAAUCGUACUUUCAGAAGCGAAUUCCGAAAAAUGUUUUGCUGUGAACGAAGGCUCUUCAAUUGCAAACACUCACAGAAUUGUGAAUCAAAUACCAGACAGGGGAGAGGUCAAAGAGGGAUCGAAAUGUACGGCAGAUAUUCUUCUCCAUGUACUAUUACAGCAACUUCUGCCAAGUCAGAGGUGGAUGAGACUUAGUGAACUGAAGUAGUUGUGAUAGUUUGUUAUGAUUAGAUUGAAAAACAGAUAGAUGCCCAUAAGAGAAUUCUGUUACUGAAAACUAUGCUGAGAAGGAAGACGCAAUCCUGUGGGUGUAUGUGAAAUCGAAAAUGUCUUUAAUUUAAUUUCCUGUUUUGUCUCAACUAAAGAAUAUUUUUUAUCUAUGUUUUCGCGGCGAAUGGAUACUCAGCUAAGCAACUACCAUAAUUUCGGGCUAAAAAAGCGUUUGUGUGUGUUUGAACCUUCAGGUUAAUCUGUGUUAAUUCGAUCGGAAGAUAAAAGAGUUGUCUCUCAGUGUGAAAACUAAAGUCUUGUAAUAUGCCUCAGGAUCAGGGUGACACAGUUUUGCUCGAACGUUUUCAUUUCUUGCUGCUUUUCAAUGGCAAAUAAAUUAUAACAGUCUCGGGAGAAAUCAUUAAAAUUUGGGGCUUUCUGGAACUUAUGAUAUUCAUCAGCAUUUACUCUCAUUUCAGCUUCCUCUUAUCUAUUUGUAGAUAUCUUCAGCAAGUUUCACAAAAUUGUUUCACAUGUUCCUUCCGGCUUGCCUGGGAUGCUCGUCGGAAAUUUUAAAUUAAACCACUAAAGGAGAACACUUUCAACUUUGAUUACAUGAAUCUAGUAACUAAAACGACUUGAAAAUAUAUAAUUUGCCUGCAACGCUAAAAGAGACCUUAACGGCUAAAUACAAUGGUGUUUUGCCGAGAACACCCUAAGUGAGACCAAAAUCCGAAAUGUACACUCCUAAGCGAGACCACGAGCAUCCCCGCCCUUUUCAUAUGGGAGUCCCAUAUUUCCUUUCAAGGUUAUUUAAACUGUCACUCAAAUAACUUUUACAAUAUAGAACUCAAUAUUGUUUCUACAAGUGGUUGCGUGUCACUCAGACGCACUUUUCACAGAUAUCUUUAAUAGCGAAUAGCCGGUAUAAUGUACUACGUAGGAAAGUGCCCUGUAAAGAUAAGUUGGUUAUGUUUUAGUUCUCGUUUAAGCAUAAAUUAAAGACUUUACACUAUAGAAAAACUAUGGAAUUCUAUAACCGAUUCAAAUAGUAAUAAGAUCUUUCAAGGCUUUUAAAAUAAAGUACAAAACUGGAUCUAUUUUAGUCUUAUGUAAAUAGUUUUUUUUUUAUCUUUUCAAUAGUUAUUUUGAACAUAUUUUAGUCAUAAUUAUCUAUUCUUUUUUAAUUUCCUAUCAGUUUUUAAAAUGUGUAAUACCUGUAAAACUUGAGUUCCGUUACCAAGCCGAGUUUUGCGAGGGUUGUUGCGAGAUACGUAUUUUUAGUAAAGUGUGUAAUACCUGUAAACUAGCUAAUGAGUUUUCUCACUGAAAUAGCUAAGCGUAUUUUACACAAUGAAAUUAACUUGGACUUGGACUUGUUUGAAGAAGUUGAAGUAUUUACUGUCCGAUUCACUGCAGUUAGUGAGAUCCUGUGUACCAAGGCUGUGACGAGCCUUGUCAGAUCGCUAAAGCGUAGUCGCUCAGAGUAAGUCCCACCUCCCCCCCCCCCCCCCACCCCCCAAGUAACCAGUUCUAGGUCGCUUAAGUUCCCGAGUUGUUCUCGCACGCGCUAAUAGUCCGAAACGUCUGCCCGAAUAUUGAAACAAUUUUCUUAACAGUUCAGACUCAGCAAUUCAAGCCAUUUCUGAGCACUAAGAACGACCGGCCGGUUUUGUUGUUGUUGUUCGUGCUUUUCUGUGUUGCUAAACAAUAUGGAAAUAUAUCUAUAAGAAAAGCCGCAAAACCCAGUGCUGAUAUUAAGUCUAGAAAGUAUUGAAUUUUCGGAAAGUUUCUAUGGAUGUCGUAUCCUUCAAAUUUUGCGGUUAAACAUCCUUGAUACUGCCUCGCACCCAGACGUCUCUCUCUCCAUGAACAUGUGCACGCAAAGGAAGGCGGGAAGGAGACAACGGGCGAUACGGCGCUUCGCCUGCCGUCUGUACCCUUCCCAUGGUCCCUUGUGGUUCAUCACCAGUCGCUCGCCUCUACCUUGCGAAAAACGAAGCGCCUGAGGAAGAGGCUGUCCUUGAUAAGCCCCGCCACAAGGACAUGAACUAGUAUCGAAAGUUAACCGAUUAGCAAUCUCGUGAUCUAGAAUUGAAACCAAAAAAAAAAACUUCCUCUUGUUUAGUCACUUGGUAUUUCAUAUAUAUCAGAAUGGCGGACGUUUUAAGCAAUCGAAGUGUACUUUUAACCACCGUAGAGGUCUUCUCCAUCAUAAUUUUAAACUUUCUGUCGUUAACGGGAACAUAAUGGUGCGCAUUGCAGUCUACAAGAACACACGACUACGCACAACCACCAAUCUGUAUAUCAUCGCACUUGCUUUAAGUGAUUUAAUGUCCGGUGUAUUUGUCAUGCCUUUUGCAAUGGGUGUGCUUAUCAAAGGGGAAUGGGUUUAUGGCCGAGUGAUCUGCAACUUUCUAGCGUACAUUGCUUUGUUUGUGGUGUACAUUUCACCCGUGACUAUGGGUUUAACAGCAUUUAACAGAUAUAUGAGGAUUUGUAAGUCGGAGCAGCAAUACAAAAGAAUCUUUUCACCGUGGAAGUCACGAGCAUUAUUGGCCUGUGCAUGGAUCCUUGUUGCUUGCUACAUCCUUGUUCCAAAGUUAACAGGUCUUCAAGACUAUGUGAUAUGCCCUGUGCGUUCCGGUUCAUCUCAAUCAAACUGGAAAAGUUGUCCACUACGCCAUUGUCCUCGGUUUUUUCUUUUUAACUCCUUUAUUGACUACAAUAUUCAGCUACAUAAAGGUUGAAAAGGUGAUCCGACAGCACAAUGCUGCUAUGUCAUCUACGAUUCACAGCGGCGCAACCGGCUCAAGCAUCACAGUGCAAGAACUGAAGCUGAGUAAGUCUCUCUUUGUGGUUGUGUUCGCGUUCAUGAUAUGCUGGAUCCCAUUUUGGGUGAUCGUUGUUGUAAGGCACCUCCAUGUCGUUGAGAAGCUGCCACGAAAUAUUGAACUCCUUGCUUGUUUCUUUAUUUAUCUGUCAAAUACAAUAAAUCCUUUUAUAUACGCUGGGAUGAAUCGCACUUUCAGAAGCGAAUUCCGAAAAAUGUUUUGCUGUGAACGAAGG